GCGGAUCGGCCCGUUUAUCCCGCCAAGACCAAAAUAAACCUUGGACCCCCUAUCCCCAUCUUCCAUCCUUACGCCCAUCACGCCGUCUCUCUCGACAGCACCAUACGCUCUUUAACAGUCGCCACCAUGCCUUUCACCACUGCCGUCGACUCUGCCCACUCAUUUCUUCACGAAUGCCUCGUCAUCAUCCUCAUUGCAUACCCAGUCCUCCUCUUCCUCGUCCGUGUCUAUCCACAGAACCUCAUUUCCCCGGUCUUCCUCUUAGCAUUGACGACAAUGUGUACCUUUGUAGUAUCCGCGGUACUGAGCGUCGUUAUCCUGAUGUUCCACCCACCAGAGAGUAGAGAUGUUGAGGGUUGUCGCGACGAGAAACUUGUCGCACCGAUGAUUGUUAUAUCGGAGCAUGAUGAGGAUGAGAAGUUAUGAGCAUAUACCUGGUUUUCUUUGGGUUUAGGGUCGAAAUACUGGCCUCACAUUCAUUUCACGUUAGGCGUUAGCUGGGCUUUUAUGUCUGUCAGAAUUCAAAUUUCUAGGGUGAUUGUUGUGCGAAGGUGUCACUGCAAGUCGCAGAACGCUCCGGGAUAUCGAAUCGCCGUUGUUAUUUUCGAACUGUAUCGCCAGAGAAUGUUCCUUAGAACCGGCGAGGUAGUAUUAGCUGUCCUUCGUCGUCUAGGAAGAAAAGGACGGUGUGCACCUUUCACCUCUGUUACGAUCACCGGAUAAUUAAUCACUUGGAUGACUUGAUGGUUGGUAGCGAAUAGGGUUAGUAAAUUUAUACUAUUUACUAUUUUUUUAACCCCCAUUCCUGGAGAGGCUUGACACCAAGCUUACUUGGAAACAUUUAUAUAGCUGGUCCACCCGG